CUACUAAUAAAUGUAGAUUAUGUGGCCCCACCAGUUAAAAAAGUUAAAAAGACUUUAAUAGUCUGGGACAUCCUCUUUACCUUGUCCGUUUGUUAUUCCUGCUGGUGUUGGUACGUUUAUACUGUUAAAAAAGGAGCCUGCUAGACUCUCUUCCCUAGGAACAGCACCAAUAACAAAGCAAUAAGAAGAGAGGAUCUUUAGGUGGACAAAAACCGAGAAAGGUGCAGGCAAGUGGCUCAUUAUAGGAUUAAAAAAAGGGAAAGAGAAAAAACCUAUAGAGCGCGUCCCCACCAAGCAAAGCCUCUUAAGUACAAUACAAGAGUAUUUACCACAAUUUUAUGUACAAAGGCGGCGCGUGGACCCUUUAAGGAAUCAUCCACAUUUUAACGUUAGCAAACCGACUGAUCGGCUAUGGAAGCACAACCGCCAUCAGCACCGGCUGCAUCAGCUGCAACGGCUGUAACAGCUGCUGCGCCUCCCGGGCCUAGUCUAUCACCUACACAACAGGUGCAAGCUCCGUCGUCGCCGGGUAACCAGCCGGUGAACCCUCCGCCAAACCCGGAAACACACUACCCAAACGGUCUCCCUCGUAGCAUCAAUGGCCUUAAUGGGGAUGCGGCUACCGGUUCAGAACCGACACCUCCGGCAAAGGGGUCGCCCGGUUCGACAACACCGGCUCAACCGGCAGUGCCGUCCCCGACUGCGACUGCGACUGCGACACCGUCAUGGGCAGCCCGGGCGGUGGCGGCAGUAGCGGCAGUAGCGGCAAGUUCGUCGGCACCUGCGCCGGCACCACCUCCGGCUCCUGUCUAUACCUCUACACCCACUCCCAUAGUAGCAAAACCACUCAAACCAAUGGUAAUAUAUACACCUUCCUCGCCGCAUCCGCAUUCUCAACCGCGUCAACCUUUGCAGCGCCAAUCUUCCACAGGAUCGGCGCAUAAGAUUUCCAUCGUAGAUCCGCCCCGAGCCUAUUCGCGACCGAGAAGCAACUCGCAGCUACCAAACAUCUCUCCUACCCAAGGCUUCCCGUCUCCCCGAAGAGAGCACCAUCUCGAGAACCCCAAGUUUGCCGAUGACUUAUCUCGUCUCACUCAUGCUAUGCAGCAAUCUGUUCCCGCUGCGGUAAGAAGGGUCAUUCGCGAUAACUGGGAGAAGUGUCUACUUGGUUCAGAAUUUCAUCACGCGUUCCUUUUGAACGCUGUUAUUCACCAUUCUAACGGGGUUAUAAUUCGACGGUCUAUCAAGGAUUUUGGUGCCAAGAUGGUGUCCGAAUCAAAGCACGAGAUUAUCUCCCACCUCUCAACUGCUGAUCUGAAUGAACUAGUCAAUGAAAUACUCGAAAAGGCCAGUGACUAUUUCUUAGACCAAGCGCUGGAGAAACGACUAAGGACUAUUGACGCGCGCUCUCUAAUCAACGCCCUUGCUCGCGCUGAGCGUCUUGGUUAUGAGAAUAGCGAUGUGCUUGAUGACCAGAAAGGAAACAGGUCUAGAUUCAAUCCAGCACCCUUCGAUCCGUCACCCCAACCUGUCCAAAUUACGCCUAUCUCGAAACCACAUCAAAAGCCUGGCAUGCCGACUCAGUUGCAACCACUAGCACGUGGUCCGGCUCCUCCCACCGUGUUGCAGUGUCCUCUGUGCUGGCGCAAGUUUGAGAACCCGCAGCCUUACGAAUAUCAUGUUCAAAAGCAAGUGUGCACUAAAGAACCUCCGAAUAAGGAAGGGUUCCCCUUUUCAUGCAUGUAUUGCGGUGCCGGCUUCAUUACUAAAGUUGGUCAGCAAUAUCAUGUUGCCAAUCACGUAUGCGGUGAGCAUGGUACCGUGCCAGCAACGCCUAAAGGACCGGCGAACGCUGGGUCGCCUAUCACGCUCUCAUCAGGCAACAACAGCCCGGUUCAGCCUCCGUCAACGCUAGCUUACCCUCCGGGAAGCCAGCAAAAGCUCCCUGCCACACCUCAGCAUACUGCGGCACCUGUAUAUCAUCAGCCGGUAUCGACUCCCAGAUCUCAGCCUAAGGAGCAGGAUGCGUAUGCCCAUUUGCAUCCUGCUACACGGGAGAGACUGGACGACGAACUACGGCAAGCCGAGCUCACGUAUACCGCUCGAUUCAAAGAAGCAGAGGCGAUACAAGAUCCAGCUCAACGGCAACUCAAGAUCGAUGGUCUGCAGAAUAGUUUCAGCACUAAGCAGAGUAUUAUCAGGAAGAAGUACGGCGUUCGGCUUAGAAACCGGCGGACAAGGGCUGAGAUUGACAACGAGCGUCAACGUAUGGGCUUCAAGCAUAGCAAUCCCGUCCAGGCAGAGGAUACACCAAGCGCGAAGCGUCAACGAACUGAAGAUGGCCCUUCUCAUCCAAAUCCUCAGGCUCCUCUAAGUAGCAAUGGCCCCGAACUUAACAGUAAUCAUAUACCUGUAGCAGAUAUGUCAUCUGGGUUAGGCGGAUCGAGCGCAACAGCAGCUACCACCGACCCUACACUACCGAAGCCUUCUUCUUCACAGCAGCACCAGAAAUCACCUGAGCAGAAUAGCCUCUCAUCACUACAACGCAAAGGCUACCGAGUCUCAUCCCACCUCCCUCAGUCAAACCAAGUUUCCCCAACCGAUACCACGAUAGAGGGAUCUACUCCCCAACGAAGCGGCUCGGCGUCAGCCCCCGUAAUAGUGGAUGAUAACGACUCUUCAGACAGCGACUCAGAUGGAGAUAUACCCGCGAGUCUACCACCCCGCAGAGCCAGCAAUGAACCUUCAAGUACGAAGGGCUUAGCGGGAUAGGGCCACGGACUCCCUUGAUGAUAACGUUUACGUCCUUGAUGAUAACGUUUACGUCCUUGAUGAUAGCGUUUACGUCCUUGAUGAUAACGUUUACGUCCUUGAUGAUAGCGUUUACGUCCUUGAUGAUAACGUUUACGUCCUUGAUGAUAACGUUUA